AUGGGUGAUAAAAAGCAAAAUAUUAAAAUAACAAACAAUCCUUCAUCUGAUGUGGAAUUAUAUAAACAAAAAAUUCAGACAUUGUUACAAGCUUAUAAAGAACAAGAAGAUGAAAAGAGACGCCUUCAAGAGGUAGUUGAAACAAUGAAAAUGGUAACUGUUGAUGAUGAAUCAGUCAAUAAGUUAAGAUCAAUGUUAGCAGAAGGUGAAAAACAACGUUUAAAAAAAGAAAAAAUAUUAUUAGCUGAUAGAAAAGGAUUAUUAGAAAAAUAUAACGAAAGUAGAAAAGAAUUAAAAUUGAUAAAAGAUAAAAUUAAACAGGCAGGUUUGAAUAUUGAUGAUAGUAGUGAUAUAACACUCAAUUUUGAUAAAGUUAAUAACCUGUAUGAAAAAUUUAAAAAUAAAAAAGAAAAUAAUGAUAAUGAUUUAAUAGAAAAUAAUAAAUUAAAUAAUACAAUUCAUAUACAAAAUUUAUUAAUUGAUACAAAGAAAACAUUUGAAACCGAUAGUAAAUCAUUGAAUAAAAAAAUAGAAAAUCUUUACAAAAUAAAUAUUGAAAAGGAUAUUCGUAUAGCUAAUUUAGAAAGUGCAAAUGAAAUAUCAACAUUAAAAGUUGCUGAGUUGGCAAAUGAAAAUACAUCUUACUUAGAAAAAAUAUCAUCUCUAGAGAAAGAAAUAGAACAGUUAAAAAAUAUGACAUCUCAUAGUAGAAAAAAUUCUUUAGUAUCAGAGGAAGAAGAUAAAAGUUUUGAUUUAUGUAAACAAAAACAAAAUUUUGAAAUAAUAGAAAAUAACUUAAAUUAUAACAUUUCAAAUAUUUUUGAAAACGAUAAUAAGUGCCGGACAUCUAUUUGUCACAAAUGCUCUAUCAAUGUGUGCAAAGAAUUGAUAAAAAAAGAUGACUUAGAUAGUAUUUUAAAAGAGAUAACAAAUAUAUCUUUCGAUAUGAUGAAUAUCAAAUCAUAUAUGUUAGAAAAUUUACAAUCAUUUAAAAAAGAAAUUAAUCAUUUACUUUUUAUGUUGAUUGAUGACGCAAAUAGUUUUGUUAAAGAUGUAUAUAAAAAACAAUCAUUAGAAAUAGAAAAAUUUAAAAAAAUAAUAAAAGAACAACGUGAAGAAAUUGAUUUAUUAAAAAAAUAUUCAGAAAUAUGUAAAAUUAAAGGACAAAUCCAAGGAAACAGUAAUAAUUUUGAGAGAAAACGAUCACUAUCAAGAAACUCCUCUACAACAACUGAUUUGUAUUCAUUAAUUAAUGAUAAAAAUAAUCAUCAUCAUAAUGAGAAUGUGAAAUCAAAUUUAACAAAUACUGAAGAGACUGUUCUUGUUCAUCACUAUGUUGAACAAUUAACAAAAAAAGAAAAAAUUCUUGAAAAUAUUCAAAAAGAAUUUGUUUUAUUGGAGGGAAAAUAUAAUGAUUGCCUUAAAGAAAAAUUAGGAGCGCAAAUGGAGUAUGAAUCACAAAUUCAACUUCUUCAAGAUCAAAUUCGUGAUAUACGAGGUUCAACAAAACAAUUACAGGUUAAUGAUUUUCAAUAUAUAAGAAAUGUAUUUAUAAGUUAUUUAAAUACUAGAAGUAAUGAUUUCAUAAGCCGCCGUAAUAUGCUAAAAGCUCUUGGACAAGUAUUAAGUCUUAGCAAUUUAGACCUUCAUAGAAUUGAUACAUUUAAGUAA